AAAGAGAGACUCUUUAGCUUUUGUCAGUUGUGUGUUGCAGUUUUUUUUUUCUUCUCUUAUUGGGUUCUUUGUUUUUUUUCCGUGAAUUGCGUGUCUUCAUAUGAUGGAUUUCAUGCACCUGUUUUCAGAUUGGUUCAUUUCACGAGGAUGAUACUUGAAUUCAGCUGUUCUUUUCCUCCCCCCUCUCUCUCUCUCUCAUUUGAUUUUUACUAUUCUAUGUUUUUGUUGAUUCUGUGAGAAAAUCCCAGUCUGGUGAGCCAUGAAUCACCCCCUUCUUCCAGAUUGGAAUAUUGAAGGCGAUGUCCCUGUAACCAAUCAGAAGAAACCCAUGGGGCAAGAGCAUGAGCUUGUAGAGCUCUUAUGGCGAAAUGGGCAGGUGGUAUUGCACAGCCAAACACAGAGAAAAUCCGGUCUUGCUCCAAAUGAGUCUAAACAAGUUCAGAAACAUGAUCAAACCAUGCUAAGGAAUGGUGGGUCAUGUGGGAAUUGGAGUAAUUUGAUUCAGGAUGAGGAGUCAAUCUCAUGGAUCCAAUACCCACUGGACGAUUCCCUUGACAAGGAGUUCUGUUCUAAUUUGUUCAUGGAAUUGCCGCCCAAUGAUCCAGUUCAGCCUGAAAAGCCUGUUAGACACUCUGAACAAGAAAAGUCUGUCCCCAGCUCACAACAACCUAUUUUUAAGCAUUUGGGUAGUCCUGAAUUCCCAGGAAACCCAAUGCCGCCGCCUAAGUUUCAGGUUCCUGGUUCAGUCCAGCAGAAUUGCAGCUCAGGAGGAUUUGGAAAGAUUGUUAACUUUCCUAACUUUUCAUUCCCAGGGAGAAGCAAUUUAGGAUCUUCCAAGGCACAACUGGGGGGAAAGGGAUCAGGAAAUAUGGCACAAGGAGGAGAUGCUAAAGAGGGUUCAGUCAUGACAGUUGGGCUGAGCCACUGCGGCAGCAAUCAAGUUGUGAAUGAGGCUGACUUGAGCCGAUUUUCAAGCAGUGGCGUUGGCACCGGUUGUUUAUCUUCAGGGCAUGUCAAGGAAAAUGUUAUGAGGAUAGUUUCUCAGGGGGACAGAAGGCAAACAGAGACGCUUGAACCUACUGUUACUUCAUCUUCCGGUGGUGGGUCGGGCAGUAGUUUUGGGAGAACAUACAAGCAGUCGACCGACACCAAUAGCCACAAAAGAAAGGGCAGAGAAGCAGAGGAAUCUGAGUGCCAAAGCGAGGCUGCUGAACAUGAAUCAGCUGCAAGAAACAAGGCAUCACAAAGAUCCGGGUCAACUAGGAGGAGCCGUGCUGCUGAAGUCCAUAAUCUCUCAGAGAGGAGACGGAGAGAUCGAAUCAAUGAGAAAAUGAAGGCAUUACAGGAGCUUAUACCUCACAGCAACAAGUCAGAUAAAGCAUCGAUGCUAGAUGAGGCAAUUGAGUACUUGAAGUCCCUUCAGUUACAACUUCAGUUGAUGUGGAUGGGAGGUGGUGUCGCGCCUAUGAUGUUUCCAGGAGUCCAGCACUAUAUGGCCAGAAUGGGAAUGGGAAUGUGUCCACCUCCACUGCCUUCUAUUCACAACCCAAUGCAUUUACCAAGGGUUCAACUAGUUGAUCAGUCCACAUCUGCAGUUCCACCAUCAAACCAGCCUCCAAUUUGCCAAACCCCAGUCUUGAAUCCGGUUAAUUAUCAAAAUCAGAUGCCAAAUCCCAACUUUCCGGAGCAGUUUGCGCAUUACAUGGGCUUCCACCCUAUGCAAACUCCCUCUCAGCCCAUGAAUGUGUUCAGCUUUGGAUCCCAGAGUCACCCCAUGGCAUCGCCUGCCACCACUGGUGGCACCCCCACUGCAGCUGCUGCAGUUGAUGGUGCUCCAGGCAGCAAGUUGGGUGAGUCCUCUCAAGCUCAGGCCGGUCUUUUGACAUUGCACCCAUUGCAUAUGAUCAACAAAACAACAAUUCCCUCAAUAAAGCAACCACGGAUUUUGAAACUAAAGAAGGAAUAUUCCCUUAAAAAAAUUUUCAAAACCACCCCAAAGUUAAGUCCUUUGAGUACAAACUUGGACCAAACAAAAUGAAACCCUCCCUUCAUCCAUUACACUGUCUGCAACAUCACCAUGCAUUACACCAUUUUCCAAUGACUUUAGGAUUUUUUUGUAGCAGUCCACAAUCCCAUCAUGUCAAAUCCUUUUCACCUUUGUUAAAUUCCUUUCCAUGUCCAUAUCCACGAUCAAAUGCUUUUUCAUGUGACAGCCAUGUUCCUCUUUGACAUUAACAGGUUAAUACCAGUGGGUACGCAUGCUGCUCGAAUGCUUUUGGUUCCAUUACACAUCAAGUGCGCCCAUUGCAAGAUGAUGAUAAAAGCCAUCCAUUAAUUUCGUCCUGGUGGAUGGCCUAGGCCAGCUCUUCCUACAUAGACUAAGAAUCCAUCAAGUUAUGUGUUUACCCAUAUGGAUGAAAUUAUAUCUCAAGCUUUGGAUGAAAACGAUUCAGUUUCAGUUCCUUGCUUCCUUGCAACUUGAGCAUGGAGACAAGGAUAGCAUUGUCAAUAGUCCUUCCCCCUUUCUCUACUGGAGAAAUUAUUAUUUUUGACUCUUGAUAAUAAUGUUUAAAAAAAGGUGGUUAUUGUUGGAGCAUAAUUGGUAUGAAAACUCAUCAUUUUCCUUUC